UGCAGAGUACCGGCUGGUAUCGAUGACCGAUAGCACAGAGAAUCGGCAUCGGUGUUCGUAUCGAUGUCUGUUGUUUUGCACGUGUUCCAAAUUAAGUUGGUGGUUUUGUUUAAGUCGGCGAGUUGAUUUAGAGAUUCAGGGCCGCCAUGCAGCACGACGAUGUGGUUUGGAGCAUCAUCAACAAGUCCUUCUGCUCGCACAAAGUCAAGACCGACACGCGCACCUUCUGCCGGCAUGAGUACAACCUGACGGGUCUGUGCACCCGCCGGACCUGUCCGCUGGCCAACUCCCAGUACGCCACCGUGCGCGAGGAGAAGGGCAUCAUCUAUCUGUUCAUCAAGACGGCGGAGCGGUCCCACAUGCCCGCCAAGCUGUGGGAGCGCAUCAAGCUGUCCCGCAACUUCGAGAAGGCCAUCGAGCAGAUCAACGAGAACCUGGUCUUCUGGCCCAAGUACAUGAUAGCCAAGAACAAGCAGCGCUUCCUCAAGAUCACCCAGUACCUGAUGCGGAUGCGCAAGCUGAAGCUGCGCCGCCAGAAGCUCAUCGUGCCACUCUCCACGAAGAUCGAGCGGCGGGAGGCGCGGCGCGAGGAGAAGGCCUUGGUGGCCGCCAAGAUCGACAACCACAUCGAGAAGGCCCUCAUGGACCGGCUCAAGAACGGCACCUACCGCGACAUCUACAACUUCUCACAGACCGCCUUCAACAAGGCUCUGGAGGCGGAGCGGGUGGACGAGGAGGACGAGGACCUGGACGACGAGGAUGAGGAGGAGCAGGAGCACGAGCGCGAGAUGGAGGUGGACGCCGACGAUUCCCGCGAGGCCGUCGAGCUGCAGCGCUCCCUGCUCGACGAGGAGUUCGUGGAGGCGGACACGGAUGAUGAUGAGGACGAUGACGACGACGAGGAGGAGGACUACGACAGCGAUUCCGGCAAGCGGGAGGAGGUCGAGGUGGGCAGCGACUUUGCAGAGUCCGACGAGGACGAUGAUCCGGAUGCUGACGACAUUGAGGACAUCAAAGUGCCGUCCAAGAAGGCAGCCAGCAGGUCGAAGAAGGACAAGAAGUCGCCGGCGCCCAGUCGACGCAGCCGCGCGAAGCCCAAGCUGGAGCUGGAGUACGAGUAUGAGGUGGAGAAGGAGGCGCAGGGCCAGCUGCGCCAUUAGCCAGGUCCGCACCACGUUCCCCAAGCACCCCCACUUAGCUGAUAGCGCUUAUUGUUUAGCCCACUACGUUUGUAAUGCCGCCUAGGAAUAGUAUUUUAUAAAACACUCGAUGAAACCCUGACGAACACUGUCUGUGCUUCUGCCCGCCAAAUGGAUCCCUGCAUCCCGGCGCAUCCCCCGGUGCGGCUGGCGCGCUCGCUCGCUCACUGACCAAAAUCGAGCUGGCUGACAUUGAAAGUGCGUGCGUCGGGGGCUCAGACUCGCGGGGGUUAAGCGGCGCGGCGGCAGCGCCAUGUAAAAACCAGUUUGGGAAAUAUUCUAUAAAAACUAAACAAUUUCAGCCGGAGCAGUGCUUUUCUGCAUACCCUGUACGGAGUUGCGGGGCAACUAGCUUUGUGGACCAUUUAAGUUAGGUAGCCUGAAGGUUCUCCUUUGGGCCUUGGCUGACUAUAUUUUUUUAAGAACUCAUUCUUUUAGGGCGAAACUCAAUUUUGUUACUAGAAAAUGUCUUAGUUUUAACGGAUUUCCAAGGACUUGCAGCAAAUAAAUGAGAAGAUCUAAUUGGC